CGGCUCUCCCCAGGAUUCAAUCUUCAAAAGUUUCGAGUUCGACACGCGAUGAACAGUCUGAACAUUUCCACCACGCUCAACUUCCGGCUUACAAUUGCGGACGGCAAAGAUGCGGGCAAAUCGUCUCGCUAGAGUAUCAAAUGAUGCUCUGCGGGCAUUUAGAACGCCAGCUUCACGCCCAAGAAUAGAGCUUUGCUCUCAAUGGCGCUGUAACAGCACAUUUUCAUUACCUUCAGUUUCACAGCGGACUGUCCAAAGAACAGGGCAAUGGCAGUUGAGGAGACACCAGUCCUCCGAAGCCACCGCGACAUUAGCAGAACAGGCCUCGCAGGACCCAUCGAGUCUCGGGCUAGAUACCAUCAUCCAAAACCUUGACCCGGCCGAGGCUAAACGUCUCUCGCAAUUGCGAAACAUUGGAAUCGCUGCGCAUAUCGAUAGCGGUAAAACCACCUCCACCGAGCGCGUCCUUUUCUACACCGGCCGCAUCGGGGCCAUCCACGAGGUUCGAGGCAAGGAUGCCGUGGGCGCGAAGAUGGAUUCCAUGGACCUGGAGCGAGAGAAGGGCAUCACCAUUCAAUCGGCCGCGACCUUCUGCGACUGGAUCAAGAAGGAAGACGGGGUGGAGAAAAAGUACAACAUCAAUUUGAUCGACACACCGGGGCACAUUGACUUCACUAUUGAAGUGGAGCGUGCUCUGCGGGUUUUGGACGGGGCGGUCAUGAUCCUGUGCGCCGUAUCGGGUGUGCAAUCGCAAACCAUCACGGUCGACCGACAAAUGCGGCGGUACAACGUGCCUCGGAUCACGUUCAUCAACAAGAUGGACCGGAUGGGAGCGAAUCCGUUCAAGGCGAUUGACCUGAUCAAUCAGAAACUAAAGCUUCCUGCCGCCGCGUUGCAGGUUCCGAUUGGCACCGAAGAUGCUUUCAAGGGAGUGGUGGACUUGAUUCGGAUGAAAGCGAUCUAUAACGAAGGCGUGGGCGGCAUUGACAUCGUCGAGACGGAUGAAAUUCCUCCGGAGGUCCAAUCGUUGGCAGAAGAGCGGAGAGCGAUGCUUAUUGAGACACUUGCCGAUGUGGAUGAUGAGAUCGCGGAAAUCUUCCUCGACGAAAAAGUCCCGACGCCGGAGCAAAUGAAAGCCGCCGUAAGACGCGCGACCAUCGCGCUCAAGUUCACUCCCGUCUUGAUGGGUUCGGCAUUGGCCGACAAAUCGGUCCAACCGAUGCUUGACGCGGUCUGCGAUUACCUUCCGAAUCCGUCAGAGGUGGAAAAUCUGGCGCUCGAUCGGGCCCAGAACGAAGCCCAGGUCAAGUUGCUCCCGUACAAUUCCGAGGGCUUCGUCGGCUUGGCGUUCAAGUUGGAAGAGAGCAAUUUCGGUCAAUUGACGUACAUUCGCGUUUACCAAGGCUCACUCCGCAAAGGGAUGAACGUUUUCAACGCUCGCUCGGGUAAGAAGGUCAAGGUUCCACGCAUCGUUCGGAUGCACUCCAACGAAAUGGAGGACGUGCAAGAGGUCGGCGCCGGAGAGAUCUGCGCCGUGUUUGGAAUCGACUGCGCGUCGGGCGACACGUUCACCGACGGUACUCUUGCAUACACCAUGACGUCCAUGUUCGUUCCGGAACCGGUCAUUUCGCUAUCCAUCAAACCGAAGCACUCCAAAGACGGGACCAAUUUCAGCAAAGCCAUCAAUCGUUUCCAGCGCGAAGAUCCGACCUUCCGCGUCCACGUCGACGCCGAGUCGCAAGAAACCAUCAUCUCCGGCAUGGGUGAGCUGCAUCUUGAGAUCUACGUGGAGCGCAUGAGGCGCGAGUACAAAGUCGAAUGCACCACGGGCCAGCCGCAAGUCGCCUACCGCGAAACCAUCACCGCCUACACCCCGUUCGACCACCUCCUGAAAAAGCAAACCGGUGGCGCGGGAGACUACGCCCGCGUGAUCGGCUGGAUGGAGCAGAACCCCGGCGAGAAGGAGAACCACUUCGAGAGCCAGAUCACCGGCGGCACGAUCAGCGAGAAGUUCCUCUUCGCGUGCGAGAAGGGAUUCAAGGAGUCCUGCGAGAAGGGCCCGCUGAUCGGCCACCGCGUGCUCGGCGCCAGCAUGGUGAUCAACGACGGCGCCACGCACAUGACCGACUCGUCCGAGCACGCCUUCCAGAACGCCACGAAGCAAGCGUUCCGCAAGGCGUUCGUUGCGGCAAAGCCGCAGGUGCUGGAACCCAUCAUGAAGACCGAGGUGACCGCGCCCACCGAGUUCCAGGGCUCCGUGGUCGCGCUCCUCAACAAGCGCAACGCCGUCAUCGCAGACACGGAGACCGGCGUCGACGACUUCACCGUGCUGUGCGACUGCAGUCUGAACGCGAUGUUCGGGUUCAGCUCCCAGCUGCGCGCGGCCACACAGGGGAAGGGCGAGUUUUCCAUGGAGUUCAGUCACUAUGCGCCGGCGCCGCCGCAGUUGCAGCGGGAGUUGGUGGAGAAGUAUCAGAAAUCUCAGACGGAGAAGAAGAAGUAGGGGGCGGUGGGGUCUGCGUUGGAGCGAUCUUGUACAUUGCAUGUAAGCUAAAUAUGGGCGUGCACACCGCACAGGGAAACUUUGGAUGUAUAAGUAGGUACCAAGGCAUCGUAUGGUUGUAGAAAUCGGCAAUGGCGCAUUGUAAAUCAUGAAAGGGACUCCGCUCUCGAAUUCAAUUUGAUUGCACUGUUUCCGCUGAAUGUACCUGAU